CGUCACUGCAUGCAAAAUGUGGCACCAAUAAAGAGAAUGCGUGUCACCGACAGACAAACAGCUUCUUUUCACUGCAGUCUAACAGGCGGGAGGCAUUCAUGAGGUAAAACUUGAUUCAUCUGAUUUUACGCUGCAUGUUUGGACUCAAACCUGGACUCUGCAGGAGACCUCAAAGGAGCUAAGAUGGAAAUAGAGCCUGAGGAGACUGGAGAGGACUCAUCUACCAGAGAUCCAACUCUCCAGCAUCUGCUCAUCAGUCAAGAACCAUUAAGCGGCUGCAGAGUGAGAUCCAGAUCAAAGCUGCAGACAACCAAAAGCUACCCCCCUUACAGUCAGUGUAUUGGUGGACUUGGAGAGGAUGGAGACAGUCGCCUUGAUUCAGAGCUCAGUGAUGCGUUCCAGCCAUCCGGAAGACACACAAAGGAAGAGAACCAUGAGGAAAUUAAAGGUGCUGAAAAGAAAGAAGACUUUUCUCUGAUUGCAAGAAGCACAAGGAACGACGUGAAGGCAAAAUGGAGAUCAAGAAGGAAGGAGAAGUCAAGGAAAAGCCAGGAGGAUGACGAUGGCAGCUAUGAAAGAGAGUGGUGGAAUGGGGGGAAAGGAGCGAAGGCAACUGGUAAAGAAAGACAGAGUUGUUGUGGGGAAAGUGGAGAAAAUGGGGAAAUCCUUAGUUUUGACGAAUACAAAGAUGAAAGGAGGGGAUGUCCAGCGGAGAGAGGUGUGGAGGAGAAGGAAGAGGAGGCCGAGGAGAAUCCAGGAAUGAUGCAGGACCCAACAAGUCAGGUGUGGUCCUCCCCACACCCCAUCCUCUCCAGGCUCCUGCACUCCUCCACCUCCUCCUCCUCCUGCUCCUCCAUCAACCUCUCCUCCGCAGAAAGUGACAACGUCUUCAGUGAAGAAGAGGAUGCUGCUACCAAGAGAAAAACAUUCAGGAAGCACUACUCUUGGAAAUCUUUUGUGACCCUGAUGCACUGGUCCGCAGGGCGGCAACGAUCCUGGGUUCAGCUGGCUGGACACCAAGGAAACCUCCAGCUGAGCAAAGGAGGAGAGGUGUUGAAGCUGUACAGUGAAGUGGAGGCGACGUGCCUGGAGAGCCUGAUGAAAGAUACGCUGAGGCCGUUUGUCCCGCGGUACCACGGCACGGUGACCAGGGGGGAGCACUGCUACAUGCGCCUGGAGGACCUGCUGAGUGACCUGAGGAGGCCCCUCAUCAUGGACUGUAAGAUGGGAGUCAGGACAUACCAGGAAGAGGAAGUGAUCAGAGCACACCGUAAGGCCACCCUGCGGAGCGACCUGUACCAGAAAAUGGUGAAAAUAGAUGCUUCGGCUCCAUCAACUGAGGAACAUGAGCGGAAAGGGGUGACUAAAUGGCGAUACCUUCUUUGGAAGGACACGACCAGUUCAACGGCAACACUCGGCUUGAGAAUAGAGGGCAUCAUGAUGGAGGACGGCAGCAUCCUGCGGAACUUCAGGAGGGUUCAGACUCUGUCUCACGUCACUGAGACGUUGCUGUACUUCACCAGGAGUCAGCUCAAAACGCUGGAAGCGUACCGCUCCAGACUCCUCGCCCUGACUGAGGCCUUAAAAACUUCAGAAUUUUUUAGAACGCAUGAGGUGAUUGGUAGCUCCCUUCUGUUUGUCCAUGACGGCAACAAAGCCAAUGUGUGGAUGAUAGACUUUGGGAAGACGACCCCGCUGCCUGACUCCAGGGAGCUGCAGCACGAUGUCUCCUGGGUUGAGGGCAGUAAGGAGGAUGGCUACCUCAUCGGCCUGACCUCCCUCAUCAGCUCUCUGACCCAGGCCAUCAGCACAGUGUCCUGGCAGCAGGCGGGCAGCACCGGAGCAGAGAAACCUGGCAGCUGAAGUCCUCGGAGGUGUUUGUGAGGCAGGAAGAGGACAAAGCUGGUGCUGAUACACUUCAUUCAGUGACUGUAGGAAAAAAACGAGCGUAAACAAUCUGUUUACACUCAGUGUAAUAGAGACCUCUGACACCAAAUGGAUCGUAAAUAUGAUUUAACAUACAAAAUUCUGUAUUUUUGUUGUGCUUCAGUCUUUUGACAUUUUACUGCAAAUGUUUAACAAUGACAGAAGAGAAAAUAGAUUUAAAAAAUCGGUUGAAAACUGCUGUUGUGUGUGCAUGAAGUGAUGAAGCAUUUGAUAAAGAAAAACUGUCUGCCCAUAAACAGAGUUAGUAUCACUCACCCUAACAUAUGGGAUGGCAAGACUUUUUUUUUUUUUCUAAAUAGUGAAGCUGUUUUCUCAUAAGUUGAACUGUCAUCAUGGUUUUUGACUGUUGUUGUGCUGCAGGGUCCCUUCUCAAACCCAGCCACUGUGUACUGUACUUCAACUAUGAGGAUAAAAUAUAUUAUUUGUCUAGAAGAUAGCUAGAAGAUGUCAAAAAAAAAAAGCUCUGACCCUGACAUGAUGUGAAUAUGCAGCCGUCUGAUCUGGGAUCAGGAGGGCUACAAGCCAAAGUCUCACGACAAUACAUUUUUUGCUU